AUGGCUUCGUCACUCGGCAAUCGUUCCUGCUCCGUUUUUCUCGCUCUUCUGCUUGUCAGUUUUGUCGUCCAGGCUUUCGAAGAUGUUGUGCGCCCUCCCAACACACCUGUUAUUGGUGGCCCUGCAGGACUGGCAGACGCGCAAGUGGCUAUCUUCUACCGCACAUUCCAGGAUGCCAUCUAUUUGGCCAGGCACACCGCUCUCUACUGGCCGUGUGAUGCUGCGAACGACGAAGUCUUUACCCGUUAUUUCGAACCAGGAGACGCUGAAUUCGUGAAGAACAUAUUUCGCACAAUAGCCAACAUUGAUCUCGACCUGGAUCUCUCCGACCCAGAGAUGGUCAAACAGCUGGCGGAUGAACCUCUGACAUACAACGAAAAGUUUACUCGUUUAUCAAUUUAUUUUCUCGGAGACCAUCCAGGAUUGACACAGCCAGGGGUUCCAAAAACCGACCUUAGCUGCCAAGGGACUCAAACGUAUUUGGCCUAUGUGGUUCCUACGUUUGGCGGCGCAUCGGCAUUGAUGUCCGUUUGUAGGCUCCUAUAUCAGGAGUUACCCAUGCUUCGGGACGUAGAAGACCCUCCAAAUUGGGCAAUUGACCCAUCCAAGGAUCAAUCAAAUGGACGACAAUAUUAUGAUGGAUACGGUUGUCAAAACCUUGGAGGCAUUGACACAAUCUGGAUGCGCAGCACCGGGUCUCUCAUGUUGCAUGAACUUAUGCAUUUCCCUGGCCUCUUCUCAAGCGUCCCAGACUACAACGCCAACAUUGCGAUUUCAUUCGAUGCCAACACCCCCCACUUCAUCUCCGACUUCUAUGGAGAUUGGCCGAGAGAUGGAUAUGGCCCUUACAAUGCUGCGGAAAUCAAGAGAUUCCUGCCACGGGACCAAAGCUAUAUCGAAUGGAGGCCGGUUGACAACGCGGACAACUAUGUCAGUUAUGCAGUGAGCCAAUACUACUCCAUAGUUUGUGGCAGAGCAUUCGGAGAAGCACCGAGCGAAGACGCUGCUUGGCCAGCACGGGAGCCGCCAUCGAACCCAUUUUUAUUGACAAAAUUGAAUUGA